GUUUUUCUACCACUCGCGCUCUCGCAUUACUUGCACAGAUUGCAGCUUCUCUCCAUCGCCAGGGUUUGUCCUGAACGAUGAGCGUGUUGCGCUUUUUCACGAUCCGUGGUGGUCACUGCCAUGGAUCGUGGAGGUUUGAGUUUCGUUUCAGAGAUUGUAGUCGGAGGACUCUUGGAUGCUAUUCUUUUGGAGGAUUUGCUUAUAAUCCUGUGUUUGGUGUUGUAAUGCCAGUUAGGGUUGAAUUAUACUAACUGUGCUCUUAUUUUUCGGUGUCGGUUUCAGGAAUCGGACGUCCUGUGCGCGACUUGUUAUUCUUGUGCUAAAGGCUGCAGAAGGGGCUAACUGAGAUGAUUUCAGGAGGCUCUGUAGUUGUUCCUAGGAACUUUCGCCUUCUCGAAGAACUUGAGAGGGGAGAGAAAGGUAUUGGCGAUGGCACCGUCAGCUAUGGCAUGGACGAUGGUGAUGACGUAUUCAUGCGCUCUUGGACCGGCACUAUUAUUGGACCAAGCCACUCAGUUCAUGAAGGUCGUAUCUACACAUUGAAACUGUUCUGCGACAAGGACUACCCCGAUAAGCCACCAACUGUUAGAUUCCAUUCUCGGAUCAACAUGACUCAUGUGAACUCGGAGACGGGAUUGGUUGAUCCAAGAUAUUUUCCUUUGCUGGCAAAUUGGCGCCGUAACCAUACUAUGGAAGAUAUCCUUGUGGAGCUCAAGAAGCAGAUGGCAAGCCCGGCUAACCGGAAAUUACCACAGCCCCCUGAAGGAAGCACAUUUUAACUGAGAUGUGCUUGGAAUCUAUCAGUUCCACCUGCACCGUGGUUCAUACCUGUCGCUGCGUAGUUUAUCUUCAAGUAUCAUGGAAUGCCAACUUAUAUUCCAAAACACUCUAUUUGCAUAUUUUACUAGAGCGCCUGCCAGGCAAAGUGCUGAAUUCUCUGAUGAAUGUGCUCAUCAGAAUUCUCUGAUGCAGGAUUGUAAGUGUCCUUGUACAUUAGAUAAGUGAUCUUAUCUGUCGCAUGUCGUGCAAUUACAUUUCAUCAUUUCGUCUAGGGUGUAUUCCAUAAUUUGAUCCUCAGGAAGUAAGUGAGGAACGGUGCUGCUUACUUUCCUGUCUUGCCAUCAAAGUCUUAAGAGCAUCAGGAAUUUCAUCAGGAUAGUGGCGUGGAGCAUUAAUCGAAUAGCUUAGCGUGAUGUAACCAGGAGCAGUUAUGGUCUGAAUGGUUGACAUGCAAACAGUGUUCGUGACCUUCAAGUGUAAUUUUAGGAUGAGUGUUUAUGCGUUCUAAAACAUGUACUGUAUCAUUCUGGAAUAUGAUAAACAUCUAAGCAAUCUAAUAGGUAGUGAGUUAUCAAUC